AUGAUACUCCGCCGCAAGUCCAAAAAAGCUUCCGGCUUGAAGCUCAAGGUCACCGCAUUUCGAGCCGCAGACCUCUGCUUGCCUGAAUCGUACAAGGGCAAGCUGGUCAAUGCUGCAUUGCUAGUUCAGCUCAACAACUUCAAGAAGAGAAGCAGAAGGAAGCUCAACACGUCACACCCGCUGUGGGACGACGAAUUCACCAUAUCCUUGAAAAACGGCGACUGCUCGCAGCUCCUCACGCUUUCCGUCUGGAGCAAGCUGGCUCGGUCUAAAACAUACCUAGGGGAGGUCAGACUAUUGCUUUCUGAAGUCUUCGCUAACGGCACGGCCACACCGGCGAAGUGGUACAAGCUCUUCUCGAGCCGGCAUGAACACAGCUUUGUCACGGGGCUGUUGCUUCUAUCCUUUGAGCUAUUCGUGAAGGAAGGCAUUGAACUCAAAGAAGGUGGCACUCCAGGCCCACAACUCAAGGUGACUCCGCCCACCCAGCACAAUUUGGCCACGGAGUUCCCGUCAACGCCUCCUCGAGAAAGCACGCCUCUAGCGGAUGAUUUGGCAGCGCUAGAUGUUUCAGAAACGGAAGAUUCACCCACAGACGUCAGACUAGCCUUCAGAGCCUGGCUUGAUUCCCUCAUGUAUAGGGAACUCAGCUCUGUGGCCAAUCCGGACGAGCAGAGCUUUUAUGCCGAUGUCAAUGGCCAGAUGCUGGACCUAGCAUUCACCGAUGCCUCUGAGGCAGAAUCCAUUGAGUCGCCUAGGAAACCCAAACGGUCCACCUCGGACUCGAGUCCUCGACAGUUUCUCCAGAACAGUCAGUCUCAGCAGCUUUUUGGAGAGUUGUACAAGACCGAUAAUCAUUUGAAGGUUGUUACUGACGAGGGGGAGGACUCGGCCAGUAUGUCUGAGGCAUCUUCCGCUACUAGUGUGGGCUCUAUUUAUGCUAGUGACGGCGGUGGCCUCUAUUCAGAUAACAACUUGAGUGGCCUGGAAGCUCCCAAAAAGCGCAGAUUCAGAAAGAAGAAAGUCACGUCCAGCUACAAACUACAGAACAGAAAAGUCAAAGGAGUCCUUUUCGUGGAGAUUCUACUGGUUACGGAUUUGCCGCCGCUUCGAAACUUCACCAGGACCACGUUUGACAUGGACCCGUUUGUCGUGGUGACAUUCGGAAAGAAGACCUUCAGAACAAGCUGGAAGCGUCAUACCUUGAAUCCGAUUUACAACGAGCGUCUUGCUUUCGAGAUUCUCGAGCAUGAACGCAACUAUAACGUGCAAUUCUGCGUGCUUGACAAGGACCACUUCUCAUUUCACGAUAAAGUGGCUGACGUAUCUAUUCCUAUCUCAGAGCUCAUGGAUGUUGCACAAGAACAGGAUGUCGAAGCAUCUUCAACAGCAUCCAGGCCUUCUGCCGGUUCAAAUGCUAGUACAACCUCCAUACCCAGACCGCCCUUUAGUUCAAGCGCUAGCUCCAAAGCUGUGCCUAGCUAUAUGCUGAUUGAGCGCACAAAGCUGACUAGUUCUCUUGCAUCUGUCAACGACACCAGUGGCUCCCAGAAUACUGUCAUGUCAAUGGCCGAGGACCCAAACAUCGUGACCACAUCGAAGAAGAAAAAGUUCAGAAAGCGCCAAUAUUCGCUUAAGUACAUUGACACCUCCCACUUCAAAACUCUUGAUCUUGCAUUGACUCUUCACAAGGAGAAGCUUGCUGCAAACCAUGCCACCACCAUACGCAUUCGUGCAAGAUAUCUCACCUACGAGAACCUCCGAAGAGACUUCUGGGCGAUCCUUUUGGAACAGUUCAAUGUGAAUGAAACCCCAGGGCAGCUCGAUUAUAUCGAACUCAUCUCGCUCCUCGAUACCCUUGGAUGUGACAACAGUGAUGACAUUGUCACGAAUUUUUUCAAUAAACUCGACCGAUCGCCCUGGGGAGGUGACACACUCUCCCACGAAGAAAUCAUCGACUGCUUGGAAGAUUACUUGCUUCACGAAUCAGAGGGUCAGAUUUUCGAAAUACAUAAGUGCCCAAUUUGCUGCAAGAAGCGUCUCUCAAAGAAGCAGGACCAAGAUAUUAUUACUCAUGUUGCCAUUUGCGCUUCGAAAGAUUGGAGUAUUGUCAGCAAGCUCUUGAACUCCUCAUUUGUCACUCCACAGGCUGCGUCCAAACGUUGGUUCACUAAAGUCUUGAUCAAGUUGACCUACGGUAAGUACGGCCUUGGUAGUAAUUCUGCCAACAUUUUGGUGCAAGAUAGGUCAACGGGUAUCAUCAUGGAAGAGAAGAUGAAUGUGAGUGUCAGACUUGGUAUUCGUCUUCUUUACAAGGGCCUUGACAAGGCCAAGACCAGACGUAUCAGAAACCUCCUCAAAAAGAUGAGUGUCAAGCAGGGCGUUAAGUUUGACCUUCCACAGCUGAAAGCUGAUAUCAAUUCAUUCAUUAAGUUCCACAAGCUCGAUUUAAGCGAGUGCCUCAUAAGUGACCCGCUGAAGUUUGAGACCUUCAAUGACUUCUUCUACAGGAAGCUUCGACCAGAAGCCAGACCUGUGGAGGCACAAUCCGAGGAAAGAAUAGCCGUUUCUCCCGCUGAUUGUCGAUGUACCACGUUUGUCACUGUUGACAGUGCCACCGAGCUUUGGAUCAAGGGCCGCAACUUUAGCGUCGCCAAGCUCUUCAAUGGUAACUACAUCGGACUAGAGGAUACUGACUUGUACAACUCAGGAAAGUGCAGCAUUGGUAUUUUCAGGUUGGCUCCUCAGGACUAUCACAGGUUUCACUCGCCUGUCACAGGCAAAAUAGGGCCGAUUAAGUACAUCGAAGGAGAGUACUACACCGUCAACCCGAUGGCCAUCAGAUCCGAUUUGGAUGUUUAUGGAGAGAAUGUCCGAGUGAUUGUGCCCAUUGAGACAGAGCAUUUUGGCACUGUCGUCAUGGUUGCUGUUGGAGCCAUGAUGGUAGGCUCCACGAUCAUCACCGUUGAGGAAGGUCAAACGGUGAACCGCGGUGACGAAGUCGGGUACUUCAAAUUCGGAGGAUCAACCGUGCUUCUUCUUUUUGAAAACAGCAAAUUCACGUUUGACCACGAUCUUGUUGAUAACUCGUCCCUGUGCGUGGAAACCUUGGUGAGGGUGGGUCAGAGCAUUGGCCAUUCGCCCGACAUCGAGGAGUAUAAGCGUGAGAGAAUUGAUUUCAGCAAACAGCCAAAGGAUAUCAAACUUCAUAUCAUUCGUGCCAUCACAGGAGGCGAUCUCAACAACAUGGAAGAGUUGGGCAGUUGGGAAAGUCAAAACAUCAAAAUCACCGACGAGGAUGUCCGGCAAUUGAUGGCAGAAGAGGAGGAUGACUUGGAAGGAGAUAUUGGCAGUUCAGACGAGGAAGGCUCGCUAGAUGAAUAA